UCAGUGUGCUGUUUUGUGGUCCAUAAACGUUGCCACGAAUUUGUCACAUUCUCAUGCCCUGGAGCUGAUAAAGGACCAGACACCGAUGACCCUAGGAGUAAGCAUAAAUUUAAGAUCCACACUUAUGGCAGUCCAACAUUCUGUGACCACUGUGGAUCUCUUCUAUAUGGGCUCUUACACCAAGGGAUGAAAUGUGACUCCUGUGAUAUGAACGUCCAUAAGCAGUGUGUGAUGAAUGUGCCAAGCCUUUGUGGAAUGGACUUCAAAGAGAGACGAGGGCGUCUUUACAUUAAGAUUGAGGUGAUCGGAGACAAAAUGCAUGUCACAGUUGGAGAAGGCAAGAACAUGAUUCCAAUGGACCCAAAUGGAUUGUCUGAUCCAUAUGUAAAACUCAAGUUAAUUCCAGACCCUAAAAAUGAGACGAAACAGAAAACAAAAACCAUCCGUUCUUCCCUGAAUCCAGCUUGGAAUGAGUCAUUUACAUUUAAGCUGAAGCCAGCAGAUAAGGACCGUCGGCUGUCUGUGGAGGUGUGGGACUGGGACAGAACUACCCGCAAUGACUUCAUGGGCUCAAUGUCUUUUGGUGUGUCCGAGCUCAUGAAGUCCCCAGUGUGUGGAUGGUACAAAAUGUUAAAUCAGGAGGAGGGAGAGUUUUACAAUGUGCCCAUUCCAGAUGAAGAUGACGAGGAUACUGAGCUCCGACAGAAGUUUGAGAAAGCCAAAUUGGGUCCGUCCAAAAAAGCCAUCUCCCCUUUCGAUGAAAGUGGGGCCAGUUUACCUUCCAGCAGUAUAGAUAGAGUCAAGCUCACAGACUUCAAUUUCUUGGCAGUAUUGGGGAAAGGCAGUUUUGGAAAGGUGAUACUUGCUGAGAUGAAGUCUUCUGAUGAACUAUAUGCUAUAAAGAUCCUGAAGAAGGAUGUGGUCAUCCAGGAUGAUGAUGUCGAAUGCACCAUGGUGGAAAAACGAGUUCUAGCUCAGCAGGACAAACCUCCAUUCCUCACCUAUCUGCACUCCUGCUUUCAGACUGUGGACCGUCUGUAUUUCGUGAUGGAGUAUGUUAAUGGUGGCGAUCUUAUGUACCACAUCCAGCAAGUAGGCAAAUUUAAGGAGCCACAGGCAGUGUUCUAUGCUGCAGAGAUUGCUGUUGGGCUUUUUUUCUUGCACAAGAAAGGAAUCAUAUACAGGGAUCUGAAAUUAGAUAACGUCAUGCUGGAUGCAGAGGGUCAUAUUAAGAUUGCAGACUUUGGUAUGUGCAAGGAGAACAUUGUGGAGGGUGUGUCCACCCGUACAUUUUGUGGAACACCAGACUACAUCGCUCCAGAGAUAAUAGCGUAUCAACCAUAUGGCCGUUCUGUGGACUGGUGGGCUUAUGGAGUCCUGCUGUAUGAGAUGCUGGCGGGACAACCUCCAUUUGAUGGUGAGGAUGAAGAUGAACUUUUCCAGUCCAUUAUGGAGCACAACGUCUCUUACCCUAAAGCCAUGUCCAAAGAAGCAGUUUCCAUCUGCAAAGGGCUGAUGUCAAAACACCCUUCAAAGCGCCUAGGCUGCAGCCAAGAGGGGGAGAGAGAUAUUAGGGAACAUGCUUUCUUCCGUCGGAUUGACUGGGAACGCCUGGAAAACAGAGAAGUGCAGCCUCCAUUUAAACCUAAAGUGUGUGGAAAGGGGGCAGAGAACUUUGACAAGUUCUUCACUCGCACACAGCCACAACUGACCCCUCCUGACGAGCUGGUCAUCGCCAACAUCGACCAGGCAGAAUUCGAUGGAUUUUCCUUUGUCAACCCUCAAUUCAUCCAUCCCUCCCUCAUUAACAGUGAAUAAAACAGGAAAAAGAGGGAGUGAAUGUGAAUCUACCAACUACCCCAAAUCUCUGCCCUUACCUUUUACCAUUUUAUCUAUACUGUAACUAACGUUAAACCAAAACCACAAUUAUCUCAAAGCAUGUCCUGUCUUUUUCUGUUUAAAAACCUAGCAAAUCAUUUUCCCAUGGUUUGCAUCAUUUCGAUUUAGGCCAGUCGAGGAGUUUACCUUAAUGAUUAAAAAUAGUUUUAGAGAUUUAAAAAAAAAAAAGAAAAAGACUGAAUAACACGGGAAGGGCUGUUUACAUCACAAACUUGACUGUCUGACUUUUGUGCAGAUCGGUUUUUAGAAGAAGUCUAGCAGGCCAUCUUAUCUCAAAGCACUGGUGGCUGACAGAAUGAUUUCACCACAUGCCCCAAGUCUCAUUACAGAUUCAGAGUUGUGUGCUUCCUAAAACAUUCUUCCCAUCCUCCCAUUCAGGUUUUCCAAAGGUAAUCGCCAAAGCCGAUGGGGUUACUGUCUUCCCCUUAGCACUAUACCAAUUUAUCUUAAUCUAUUUGAAGAAGUACUUCUGGUGUCAGUUUCAGUACUCUCUUUUUGGAGUCUUCAGUGUUUUCUCGUUGGAAGUGUCAUUACUGUAAAUGUUUAAAUCAAAUAUCUCUCAGUCUUGAAUUUGCCAUAUUUCAGGUGUGAAAACAGUUUAACAACGUUUUGUUUAUUUUAUGGUAAAAAGCGUGCCAAGAAUUGCUGCAAUGCACAAGCCAACAGAGCUUUAGUUGGAUGCAAUGUUUAUGAAACAUUUCAGGUUUUAUGAUUUUUAAAAAAUAUAUUUAAUAUUAAUUAAAAUAAUUAUUUAAUGUCGGUUCAUAAACAUGGCUUUCUUUCACAGUACCCAUAUAAAAUGUCAAACUAAAAAGGUAUAACUUUGUUAACCCUUUAAUACACCAAGUGUUUUAAAAUAUCCUCCUUUUGCCAUAGUAUUUCUACUAUCUACUACAUCCUAGGAACAUGAGAAAAGUAAGUGUGUUUGUGUGUGUGUGCGUGUGGUAUUUUGUUUCAGUCAUGUGCAAAAUUGAGAAAGACAGCAUACAAAUGAUAAAUCAGCAUACAAGUAAAUAUUGAUUUCGUAAAUGGUCAUUUCUGCUGUACCAACAGAAUUACCUUUACACCAUUGUUUAGAUUUAACACAACUUGUAUUAUAACAUCAUUGACAUUUUUCUCCUCCUGCUGCUUUAACUUUUUGCUAAUACUUAAUACAGUCCAUUUAAACAAUAUAAGAACAUUUUUAUACCAACUAAAUGUCAUUACAUUACAGAGGUACGUCAUUUGGGCAAAUUUACAACUGACGGGAAUUGAAUGAAAGUGAAUUUGCUUUAACAUAAAACAAGUACAAUUAUCAGCUGGUUUACAUGUUUUAGUAACUUUCAUAGUCCACUUUUGUGAUCAUUGUCCCUUUUAAAUGUGUAAUUUUGUAACCAUGUCAUCACACAGCUGAUAUAAUGCUAAUAUUCAGGUAGAUAUUUGUGCAAUUGUUGUUAUCAUUGGUGCGUACUGCUCAAAACAUUGUAACAUGACAUGGAAAUGACCGUGUACUUUGCAUAAUGAAAUCAUUUACUAAUGUGUUUUACACAUUUGAUUUUCCGACUACAUUU